GGGUCGGGCGGAGCGCCCCGCGGGUGGGGCUGGAACUUCUUCGCGGCUCGGCGCGGGGCAGGGGUAGGGUUGGAAGUUUGAGGACCGUUUCCAGCCCCGGUCGUGUGCGUCGGGCGCGGGAGUGCUGCUUGCGGCCAGCUCCUUGCCGCACGCCCUGGCUGCGUUUGUGUGCUUGCGGAAAAUCCGUCUGCCCUGUCUUUAACAUUGCGCGUCUUUGCCCGGAUCCUGCGCGGUGGGAAGUGGAAAAGUUGUCAUUGCGCUGCCCGCCUCAACUAGUGCGCUUAGUCGCACGGAAAACUUCACCUGGUCUGAGCCGUGCCGGUGUUUCAGGCACUGCUUCCUCUCUUUUUCAGUUGAUCAGUGUUUUUGGCUUCUCCACAAACACUCCGGAAGCACCCGAUGUUUGGAGCCCCAAGGAAACCCGUGUCUCUUCCACUGCGCGUCCCAGAGGGGAUUCCAGCUCUGCUCCCCCUUGCAGAUCCCCAGCUGUGUACACACAGCCUUGCUGGUGCCCGUGGGCAAAGCUGUUGGCUUGGCACUGCUUCCUCUUUCCCACAAUUAAUGUCUUUCUCUAGCACCAGGAAAUAAAGAGCGUUGCUUUCUGUGCUGCAGGUAGCAAGGCAUAGCUCCAGGUGCUGUGUGCUGAGCAGCCCCUGUGUGCUGCUUCUGGGGCUCAGCUCCCAGCGAGGCCGCCUGGGCCGGGUUUCAAACCCCUAAAUUUCCCCUUGUGCAAUGGCAAGUUCUAUAGGCAACGAGAGUGGAAAGGGAAAUGACUAUUUAAGCUUUCUAAUGCAUUGUGUAUAAACCCGACAAUAGAAGUGCAUCCCCGAUGAGGACAGCGCAUUCCUGUUGUUGAGUGCAGAUUGUAAUCGGAGAGGGAAGCGCUGGGAUGGUGUGUGUCUGCUCCUUGCAGGGGAUGCUGCGAUCAGAGGUACCGCAUCGGGGCAGCCCGUCUCACUGCAGAAGGGCUGUGCUGGCCAAGGAGGCUGGGGCUGGCUGGGCUCACAGGCGGGGGAUUUGAGGUAGCAGCAGGAGAUGCUGGAGUUCAACCUGGCACACCAAGUGCAAAGCGCAGCACUUUACUGAGCCAGCUUAUGGGGAAUUCCUUCUCAUCGUGAGCUUUGCCAGUUGCUGGUAGGAAUAACUUGCUCUUAAAAUGCUUCCUUGGCCACUAGUACAUGCCUCCGGUUCGUGGCAUCAGAACUGCAUCUUCGAAGUGGCUGUUGCUGAUGUGAUGUUGAUGUGAAGGUUUGCAUGAAGAAACUAAUAGUCGUCCCAGAGACAAAAUGAUAGGGGUUUUUGGUUGAUAACCAAGUAAUAACACUGGCAUCCAAAGUGAAGAGAGAGGCUGCUAGAGCUUGGUCUGGGGAUUCAAGGCUGAAUAACUGAGAGGCAAUGACUUGUUCCCUGUAGCAUGAGGGCUGGUGGAGAUUUCUGACACUCCUUAGCCUUGAGAAUGUGUGUCUGUGACCUACGAACAACAGGUUUUCAUAAGAAAGCCAAAACACUCAAAGAACUGUCUUUGUUCCUCAAUUUGGGCUGCAGCUUUCUGGAGUUCUAAGAGAUGUGGGGUCAGCUGGCUUCUUUUUGGCCCACGCCUGGGUAGGCCGGAGGUGCGUCCUUACUGCAGCUGCAGUAAGCUGAGGUGAGGCAGGGCCACACUGGUGCGGGGCAGCCAGCACGUGCCGCUGCUGAGGGAAGCCUGGGGCUCCUUUAGGAGUCCCUCCUGUCAUUUCUCUGACUUCUGCAGUAUUUCAUGAAGUCAGACGCCACUUAAGCCUUUGCUGUUAUGUUUCCUGGUCGGUGCUGUGCUUGUGAGAGGGAUAGCCCACAUGCCUGGGAGCUGUUGUUCAAAGGGCUCCUCUGUCCGCAGCACGGGGAGGCAGUGCUCCAGCCUUUCAUGCCCGGAACAGCUUCUCUGCAGUCAGAAGGUAAAAACAUUAUACGUAUAAUUUAAGGUUUAAGCUGCAAUCUGCAGGAACUGGCAGCCUCCAGAGAGGGAUCUGUAAUGCAUACUGCAGAGCAGCAUUUCGGCACAGUCCCUCGGUCACAAACAACCAUCAAUAAGGGGCCCAUCAGAAGAGUAUUAUAAGCAAAGUCAUCCCAUUUGAGCAUGCUGACAGACAGUUUUGUUUCUCUGCCCCCUUCCUUCUCUCCUCCUUAGGCUUUGGCUUUUCAGCCAGGGUAGUUCUACAUCUAUCAUGUGCGCAGAAAAAACUAGUUUGUUAGUGGACAAAGCUCACCACAUCUCAUGCACUGGUAGUUGUUUUGUGAUUUUGCAUUACCGCUGAGAAAUACAUUUUAGGAACUUGCAUGAUAAUAAGAGGUGUUGGUGAAGGAAUUGAGGCUGGUGCAAUGUUAGCAUGGAAGAUCAAUUUUAGAAAAGACAUAGGCACCUUGGGCUGAGGCUGAUGGAGAAGGGGUUUCCACAUUUCGGUGCCUCUGUCAGAAGCUAGGUCCCACGGUGCUGCGGGAAGGGUUCAGCGGCGGAGGGGCAAAAAUAAGCAUCACUGACAAGACUGAGCUCCUCUACUCUGCCAGCAGCAUCCUACCUUGCUUCAGGAGCCCAUGUGCAUGCGGGUCCCAGGUGAGCCCUGCCCAACGCUUGUGAGUGUGAGUUGGAGUGCUGUGGGCAUGCGGCGUGUGCUGGCACCCAGUGACCUCUGUUUUAAUAUGUAUCACAUUGAAGGCCAGUAAUUGGAGCUGACGUUGGUCAGGGACAUCAGCUGUUUCCAGGCUUGAAAUGUUGGCCAGUGCAUUCCCUCUCAGUACAAUGAAGCUUUAUUUUGAAAAUGUGUUGUAUAAACUAUAUGUUAAUAAGCUGAGUGGACUUAAAUGCGGUCCUACAACUGGAAAGCUGAGCAGAUGGAUUGUAUGUACCCUUGAAAGGCAUCCUGAUUUUGCCUGGGGUUACCUUUUCUCUCCUAGCACAAUGCCCUUUAUACCUUUCAUUCAGAUAACCCUUGGCAUCCCCGUGUCACUGUACUUCAGGGUCUUUGGUAGGCUUUUGUUCCUGUGUUUUUUCCUUCCAAAACUGUUGGAGAGUACUUCAUGCUGUCUGCUGUUUUCCUUAAAUUGGAGACAUGUUGUUUGGAAAGACUAACGCAGAUGUUAAAUGUGCCACAGUUUGCAUAGUCCAGUCUUUUCAUCCAUUCAGUGGAAAUUCAUGAAAACACUUGGAGGCCAUCUGAAGGAAAAAGCAAUACUGAUGACAAACUUUUGUGAACAAUAAAAUACAUUCUGGAGUUGUCAUGUACUCGUCUGGGCGUGCAGUGUUUGUUUUUGGGUUUUCUGAGCCCAUAAUGAGGUCAGUCAGCUUCUGAAGAAUAGAAACUUCUCAGUUACUGAUUUUAUUACUAUUUUUUCUAAAUUCCCUUCACGAUUGCACAGAAAAGUUCCAUAUGUACAGCAUAUAGAUAAAUUGCUCUGUUCCUCAACAAAUUUCUUCUAAGCCGAGUAGAGGAGGACUGGCUGAUGGGUGCAGCAGGACCUGGCUUCUUGCAGAACCUUGCCAGCCAGCACUGCAUUACCAUUGCAAUGAUGGCACCUCCAGAAAGGUGGAUCCGCUUACUGCACGCAUCUCCUAGAUGUGUUGAGAGCUAGCACCAACUAAAUCAGAGGCUAACGUGCUCCUCAGGUCUGAUGGACUUAGCUGUCACUUCUGUUUCUCUUUAACCAAGUCUCAUUCUGCAGUCAGGUGUUGAAAUGCUGCCCUUGAGCUCUCUUGGGGUAGUCAGUGAAUUUUUGUAGUCUCCCUGACUUGCAUGCACAAAGUCGCUGCAGUGUGCUCCCUCUUCUUCUUGGCCUGGAACUGAAUGAGUUCUGUGCUUCCACUAAACCAGCGUUUUAGAAAUGCCCACAGUGUAAAGGAUUAGCUGUUUCUGUGCAACCCAACACCUUUACGUCGAAGAAGCACUUGAUGAGAGGGUGUUGAAGGGAUGGACCAGAGGUGCUUAGCCCCUGCUGGAAAGUUUUUUGCUGCAUUAGGAUAUGUGGGGUCUGAACACUCCUCUCUGUAUGGAAGGGAAUGUGCAGAUCAAGUGGUGGUGGUGGUGAAUUCAGCACACGGAUAUCUCAUUUCUUGGCAGAUCUGACACCGGGAGUAUCUGGCCUGCUGCCUGCACCAAGGAAAGGGGUCGGGGUGACCCAUGCUCGGCCAGUGCUCGUCCAAGCCAUGUAAUAUGAGCCCCUAACCUGCAGACAGAUUUACCAGCCCUGAAUAAUGUCUGUUGUGCUGCGAGAUCUUAUCUCCCUAAUAGCCUGCAAGAGGGUACAAAUGAGAAGAAAUAAAUAUGGCUCUUGCUUUUGCUUUCCCUGCCUUUGUAGAACAGUUGAUUUGUUCUCAUUCUGCCUGCUGUGUUUCUUAGUGAUUUUCAAGGGUUGAGGUAGUUUGUUGGAAUUUUAGGAACAGUUGAAAGUAUGAUUUACUCCUACUUUUUCAUUUUCCACCCACGCAACUUGGGGGUGUAGAAGGAGGAAGGAAUCUCCAUAGGAAGAAAGGAGCCACUUGCUGUGUCCUAUAGCUCAGGUGGGGUGAAACUCCUAUAAUAGACACAGAAGAGCUACUCUGUGAUGUCAUUCAACAGAAAUGAACAGGCACCAACUGAAGAAACAAUACCAAGUUUUUGUGUUGAUGUUGCAUCUGUACCCAUAGGUCCCAGUGAAUGGCCUCUCAUUGCAGUCAGGACCUCUUGCCUGGACGGGUCAACGUGCUCUGCUGCAGAGGCUUUGACCCCUGGUUCCUGAAGCCUGGAGUUGGGGUGCUGGGAAGGGGCCACCCUGGAAGCUCUGGGGCCUGAUGGAGGGCUGAGGGCGUCUCACCUGCCUUCAGGGUAAUGAACUGAGGGUGUGCUUUGAAGGUAAUGCCAGCUGCGCAAAAAACCCAACGUCACGUGGCCGUAUCAAGGAUGAAAUUGUGGUUCGUGCUUUUGUGUGACAAAAUUGAGGAGCAGUUUCUCAAAAAUCAGUACCGUGUGUGAAGACAGAGCUGUUGUUGGUAUCGCCGCUGUGUCUGUUUCUGGCUUUGUGCAGGGAAAGGGCACUCUGGUGAAGCGCGCUGAACUUUUGGACUUGGUCGGGCGGUUUGAAUUUCGUGCAUUGCUUGGCCACGUGUGUGCAAGCCUUUCUGUGCUGCCCGUCUGCCCCAUCCACCACCACAAAACAUUCACCAGGAGGGGAAAAAAACAGCACUGCAGGUAGCAGGGGAAAAAUAAACCCUUGAACUUCUCGAGAAGUAUUGAGUGAAAGUCUGCGUAAUUGCGAGGUGCAUACGCUCUACAGAGGGGAUAAUUCAGAUGCUAAGAAAGUAUAUGUGAGGCUGAUCGCUGGCCUGAUGCCAGUCACUGAAGGGCACCGGAGGCUGAAAUGCCAGGCAGUGCUGGUAGUGCUGGCACUUCAGCCCGUGACGGUUGGGUUGCACGAAUUAUCUCUCUGCCUUCCAGCUAAUUUUAUCCUGUUGAUUUUUCAUGAAUCAUUUCCCAUCUCUGUGGGUUAGAAAUUAAAGUGGAAGUAUGCUAGCCAGAAUAGCCACAUCUGCUAUUUAGACAGCAGCGUCUGGGGUUUGCUUCCUGCCCACCCCCACGCCUUCCCUUCCCUUUCCCUUUUUACCUCCACCAAUGUUAAAUGCAUUGAAGCGCUGGCCUGGCCGGCCCAUGUAGGGCAUGGGCUGGCUGGAGCGGCUGGCCUCCAGCAGGGCCCCAGGCUGGCAGGGCCUGGCAGAGCGGUUUAGGUUUCCUCUGGGUGCCUUGUGGAAUGUUGAUGGACCUCUUGUAAGGGUCUAUUCCCUCUCCUAGCAUAGAGCUGUGGCCUCGCUUCAAAAUUCCCAUCUUUCUGCAGGUGAGAAUAGUAGAUCAUCUGAGCAUGUUCCUCUGAAGCAGAGAAAGCACUAGAUUAAUGAGAGAGUAUCUGGAGCUUGUUGAUGUUCAUUUUUCAUCUCUCUUCACAUACCACAGAAAGUCCAAGAGACUGGAAGAGUGGUCUUGUUGUGGCAGUCCUGAAAAUGGCUGUGCGGAUGGGCAAGGAAAUGAUGGCUUGGAUGGCAUGCCAGCAGGCCUGGGUAAACGUAGAGCGAUUAGUGCUUGAAACUCAGUGUCAUGGAAAGUGUCUUAUACUUCUCAAACAGUAUUUUGUUCUUUGUGAAGCUUACUGUUGGUUUAAAGAAAGUUAUGUAGAUGUCAUAUACUUAGAUUUUACGUAAGACAGUUAACUCGGUGCGUGAAAACUCAAUAUCUAAAGUUGGAGUAAGCUAGUGAAAUACAAGUGGCUUAGGAGCUAAAGGUAGUGACUGAUAGGGAGUCAGCAUCCAAUACGUAAACUGAAGUGGCGGUAUAAACAGUGGGGAGGGUGAAGGAUGCUCUGAGCUAAAGGACGGUGUUAGCAGACAAAUAAAUCAGCUGCAUGUGGAUUAAGAUGAAUGUAGAAAAUGAUUUUUCACCUCUGAAAGAUCAAGUCUCUGGCAUUGCCAUGUUAGACGAGGGGAGCAUAUAAUCGAGCUAUUUUAAGCCAGAGCUUGAUCAUUACAGAGGAGUCUCUGCAAUAUGAUAUGCAGAGCCUGCAUUUUUAAAGAAGUAGGCUUGAUGACCCUUCCCUUCGAGUGAGGGCAAGAGAGAAGCCAGUUCUGUUUGACACCUAUUCCGUGAUGUAGAAGAAAGUGUGACUCACCAUUGGUGAAAAGUGUAGCUGAAAUGCGUUUGGUGAUCUGGAACUAUUUACGGGGACAGAACAGCUAUGCAAUUAGUUUUGGUAGGUGGACCUGUUGAGGUAAUUCCACUUGUCUGUAUGAGAAUGGUUUUAUGAACUUGGAGAGGGGGUGACCUGAACCUAAGCUGUGAAACUGUCACUUACAAGAUCAUAAGGGUCAGAAUGGGCAGGCAGCUCUCCGAAGCUUUCUGUACCAGGUUCUAGCAGAAAAAGACUGCCGCGAGCAUGGACAUGCUGACAGGGGUGUAUUAACAAGUGGGCUCAAGGAGAAAGCUUUAUGUCUGUAGUCUUCAUGUUUGUUUCAGAUUCAGCCUUACAUCAGUGUGGCUUUCUGAUGCCAGCAUCUUAAAAUAAUGUAGGGCAAAUUGGAACAGUGACGCAGAAGAUCAACAUGCUGGAAAGCUGCAAAGGUACUGAACGAGGAUAUAUCCAGGGCUCAGUUCUGUAUGUUUUUGUUCAACACCGCUAUCGCCAGCCAAACACCCUUGGGUAGUGCCUUAAGGAACAGCACUUAUGUCUGUCACUUGAUGGAGUUUUUGUUCUGCCCUUGGGGAGAAAAAUGCUGGUGGAAUGGCGUCUUGUUUUAGUACCGGAUUUUUGUUCCUGUUUAACUUCAUGCAUGUAGGUGUGUAUUUAUGUUGAAGCGAAAGGCAAAGGAGUGCAACUGGCAGUCCUGACCAAAGAUGGUGAGGUUUCUUACAGCCAUUAACUCCAAAAGUAAUUCUCUCCAUUUGCUUAAAGUAGCCCCUCGUUGCGCUGAGUGCUUCAGUCAAUUCCACAAGGUUGCAGGGCACUUUAAAAUAACUGCUGACUGGUGCCCAAAACUGAAGAGAUUCAUGCAUAACUUGUCAGCGACAGCAAUUAGCAAUUGAAAUGAAAUUCUCUUGGCUUCUCUUCCCCUUCUUUGCUAGACUCAGAGAUUUUGUAUAGGCUUUAUAGGCUAAAGGUAAGGGCAUGUGACUUGCAAGGGAUCAGUCAGGUUGACCUAAUUCUCUCUUCUGCCCUUAAACUACGGAUCUGGGAGAUCUGUGCUGAGAUCCAAAUACCAAAAAUGAUAAGUUUCCAGUUUAAGAGAAUUGUUUUCAAUGUCUUUUAAAAACCACAAGUCUCUUGCAAAUUCUUCCAGUUGCAGUGAGCAGCUGUCUUUGCUCCACAGCACACUGCAGUUUCAGAGGCUUGGUUUGCAUGGGAGCUUUACUUCGUCAGCAUCCUGCUGUGCAAAUAUAUCCUUACUCAACGCUUAACGUAUAGAAGUUGCACGAAAUCAUCCAGCUUGCAGAGCCUUCUGUUGAUCCAUAAUGCUUCAUGCUCUUGGGUUAGCAAAGGGCAAAUGCUCUGGACUGACUGGAAUAUAGAAUUUGCUGUCAAUCCUGUAAAUGCAGCAGUGUAUUUUCCACCUUGACUAGAAGUCGCCAUGAGUUCAGUAAGACAAACUAAUUAAUCCUAAUUCAGGGAUUAAUUUAGAAGUUCUUUUCUGUCUUCGUCCUCUGAAAUAGGCGUAUCCUGAGGAAGAUGGUGACACGUUUUGAUGGUGUGUUUUGCUAACAAACCGUGGAAAAACAGGAGUGAGAAAGUGUCUUGCAUCUACUUGAAAUGAAAGGAGGCGAUGAGGAAUUUCCAUGUCCCCUGGCUCCCUGCAAUGGGGAUGACACUGGGAAGUCAGUGUCAUGGCAUCCAAAUGCUGUUUUCUCAGUUGCUGGUCUUGAGCUGGUCAUUGAAACCCCUGACAACUCACAGCGUUCUCUGCUGUAAAACAGGUUCAAGUCCCAAGGUUUUAAACGUUGUUCUCAAAACUUCUUCAGAAAACUCUAGCAAAAUUGGUGGUGCUUCCAGUUAUCUCGUAGUCCUGGUCUUACUCAGUGUUUUGACAAUUCAGAAUGGAAAGAAAAUGCCUUAUGCUUUUGCUGAGUUCGUGGCAGCUGACUGUAGUGGAGUAGUUGGCAACGAUGAAGCCAUGUCCUGUUUGCAGGCCUCACCGCUCAAAUCCAGUGUUGCCUGUGCCCUGUCAUUUGUAUUGGUGAAGUUUGAAUCUGCGAGUGCCCCAGCUUGCAUCCCACCGCACAAGGUUGCAUUCAGCCCUGCUUUGCAGCUGUUAGGGAAGAGCCCAGCACUUACCAGCUGGCCUUGCAGUAAUCAGGGCCCAGGCCACCAGUGUGGCAUUAUUUGGGACACUGAUCUGCCAUGGCACAGGGCAGCUUCACUCAGAGGAGCAUCCUACUUUGACAGAAGGGCGUUAAGCCAAGGCAUCGUAGUGCGGGGUUAGGCUCUCUGUGGAGGCUCUUCCUCAGAACAGUUUGCUUCUCACUCUUACUCAGUGGCUUCUCUUGAGGUGUGCGUUGGCUGUGCCAUGGGCUCUGUGGCCAGAUGGUACUUCAUUAAGUGGCCUGAAAUGGUUGGCAUGGCCAAGAACCUUGGUAAGUGAGUGCUUCUUGAGGAAAACAGUCUCCCCGGGUUGUUGGUAGCUGCUGGGGGGCAGCUCAGAGCCUUGAAUGUGGUGCUUUAUUCCCCGCCUUGGCUCGUCAGUAGCCGAGUGUUCUGCAUUACUAUUUCUGGUAAUAAUAUGCAACUGGAGAAAAAGAGUAUGAAUUAAAGUCCAUCUUAAUGCAUGGGCCUGCACUUUAAAAUAUUAUACAAGCUGUGCAAGAUGUUAAAAGAAGAGGCAGUGACCUCUAGAAGGCCGGCAGCGAGAAAUAGAAGCAAUGAGCUGCGUAGUGAGGAGGGGAUGGAUUCCUAUAUGGCUGUUUCACAUGCAAGAAUGUCCAAAUCUGGGAAAUGUGCCAGUAAAAUGUAAAAUUAAAGCUCUGUUUUGGAGCCUGAUCCAGGCAGAUAAGAGUCCGUGGCUGUUAACUAAUAACUACAAGAGGGGCAGUGAUGAAGGCGGCAUUCUUGAGGACAGGAAUUCACAGAACAUGAGUGAAAACUUGAAGGACUGUUUGAACCAGACCCAGGCUUCCUUAGGAGAGAUGGUGACAAUAAAAACAGAGGCCUGCUCUCCACACCGGGACCAGGAGUAUGGACAGCCUUGCUCUGGAAGGCUUGAUCCACAGUCCAUGGAUGUGGAGCCCAAGAAACUGAAAGGGAAACGGGAUUUGAUCAUGACCAAGAGUUUCCAGCAAGUGGAUUUCUGGUUCUGCGAGUCCUGCCAGGAGUACUUUGUGGAUGAGUGCCCCAACCACGGCCCCCCUGUGUUUGUCUCUGACACACCAGUGCCAGUUGGCAUCCCUGACCGGGCAGCACUGACCAUCCCGCCUGGCAUAGAGGUGGUGAAAGAGCCCAGUGGGGAGAACGACGUGCGCUGUAUGAACGAGGUGAUCCCCAAAGGUCAUAUCUUCGGGCCGUACGAGGGGCAGAUCUCUAGCCAAGACAAGUCCGCAGGAUUCUUCUCGUGGCUGAUAGUUGACAAGAACAACCGCUACAAAUCCAUCGAUGGGACAGAUGAAACCAAAGCAAACUGGAUGAGGUACGUGAUCAUAUCCCGGGAGGAGAGGGAGCAGAACCUGAUGGCCUUCCAGCACAGUGAAAGGAUUUACUUCCGUGCCUGUCGUGACAUCCGGCCUGGGGAGAAGCUGCGGGUCUGGUACAGUGAGGAUUACAUGAAGCGGCUGCAUAGCAUGUCCCAGGAGACCAUUAACAGAAAUCUCACAACAGCUUCAGAGAGUAUCAUCUCUGUUCCCACCAUCAUGGAGGAUGACGAUCAGGAGGUGGAUUCUGCUGAUGAAUCAGUUUCCAAUGAAAUGAUUGCUGCUACAGAUGAGCCUUCCAAGAUGUCUUCUGCAACGGGACGGAGAAUACGGAGGUUUAAGCAAGAGUGGCUUAAGAAGUUUUGGUUUCUGCGGUACUCCCCGACAUUGAAUGAAAUGUGGUGCCAUGUCUGUAGGCAAUACACAGUGCAAUCCUCUCGGACUUCAGCUUUCAUCAUUGGCUCAAAGCAGUUCAAGAUACACACAAUAAAACUUCAUAGCCAGAGCAACCUCCACAAGAAGUGCCUGCAGCUUUACAAGCUCAGAAUGCACCCAGAGAAGACAGAAGAGAUGUGUCGAAAUAUGACUUUACUCUUCAAUACAGCCUACCACUUGGCACUGGAGGGCAGGCCCUACUAUGACUUUCGGCCUCUGGCAGAGCUAUUGAGAAAGUGUGAACUCAAGGUGGUGGAUCAAUACAUGAAUGAAGGAGACUGCCAAAUCUUAAUCCACCAUAUUGCCCGGGCUCUUCGGGAGGACCUUGUUGAACGCAUCCGACAGUCACCCUUCCUCAGCAUCAUUCUGGAUGGGCAGAGUGAUGAUGUGCUUGCUGACACAGUUGCAGUGUAUGUACAGUACACAAGCAGUGAUGGGCCUCCAGCAACUGAAUUCCUGUCUCUUCAGGAACUGGGCUUUUCUACAACAGACAGUUACCUCCAAGCAUUAGACAGGGCCUUUUCCAGCCUGGGAAUUCGAUUGCAGGAUGAGAAGCCGACUAUUGGCUUGGGAGUUGAUGGUGCUAACAUUACCGCCAGCCUGAGAGCAAACUUGUUCAUGACAAUCAGAAAGACUUUGCCAUGGCUUCUCUGCUUGCCCUUUAUGGUACACAGACCCCAUUUGGAGAUUUUGGAUGCAAUCAGUGGGAAAGAACUGCCAUGCCUGGAGGAGCUGGAAAACAAUCUGAAGCAGCUGCUCAGUUUCUAUCGUUAUUCCCCCCGACUUAUGUGCGAGUUGAGGGUCACUGCUUCCACCCUGUGUGAGGAGACUGAGUUCUUGGGUGACAUUCGAGCAGUGAAGUGGAUCAUUGGGGAGCAAAAUGUGCUCAAUGCUCUCAUCAAGGAUUACCUUGAGGUUGUGGCCCAUCUCAAAGAUGUCAGUGGCCAGACCCAAAGGGCAGAUGCUUCUGCCAUUGCCUUGGCCCUCCUGCAGUUCUUGAUGGACUACCAGUCAAUUAAACUUAUCUACUUCCUGCUGGAUGUGAUUGCUGUACUUUCACGCCUUGCCUACGUCUUCCAAGGGGAGUACCUUCUUGUGUCGCAAGUGGAUGAUAAAAUUGAGGAAGCUAUUCAGGAGAUCAGUCGGCUAGCAGACUCACCAGGGGAGUACCUCCAGGAAUUUGAGGAAAACUUCCGUGAAAGCUUUAAUGGCAUUGCUGUGAAAAACCUACGGGUGGCUGAAGCCAAAUUCCAGUCAAUCAGAGAAAAGAUCUGCCAGAAGACCCAGGUGAUUCUAGCCCAAAGGUUCGAUUCCCGUAGCCGGACAUUUGUGAAAGCCUGUCAGGUAUUUGACCUUGCAGCUUGGCCCAGAAGCACUGAUGAGCUCAUGAGCUAUGGGAAGGAGGAUAUGGUACAAAUCUUUGAACACCUGGAGACGGUCCCAUCAUUUUCCAGAGAGGUUUGCAGAGAGGGAAUGGACACCCAAGGGAGUUUGCUGAUGGAGUGGCGAGAACUCAAGGUGGAUUAUUAUACCAAAAAUGGUUUUAAAGACUUACUCAGUCACAUUUGUAAAUACAAACAGAGAUUCCCUCUCUUAAAUAAAAUAGUUCAGAUCCUCAAAGUCCUUCCCACCUCAUCGGCCUGCUGUGAGAAGGGGCGCAAUGCCCUGCAGAGAGUGCGCAAAAAUAACCGCUCUCGGCUCACACUGGAGCAGCUCAGUGACCUGUUGACGAUUGCUGUCAAUGGGCCCCCCAUUGCCAACUUUGAUUGCAAGCGGGCACUAGAUAGUUGGUUCGAGGAAAAGUCGGGCAAUAGUUAUGCACUGUCAGCUGAAAUGCUGAGCAGGAUGUCAUCUCUUGAUCAGAAGCCGAUGUUGCAGAGUGUGGACCAUGGCUCUGAGUUUUACCCCGAUAUUUAGGAAGGAAUGCCUCAGAUCAGAAAGCUGUUGAAUAAUUUUUUUUUAAUCUAUACUCUAAACUUUGAUAUAUUAUAUAAAAUAUAUAUAUAUUAUAUAUAUUAAGGAAAAACCCACACUGAAAAUUUUAAAACUAAGACGAUGUGCGUCUGAUAGAAGCUAAGCAGAAUUUUAAAGAUUGAGACAAUGUUUAGAAAUUUACUGGUGUCUCCAACCAUGGCAGCUGCAGUGUAGAUGGUAACAUUUCAUUCUUUAGAAGCAUGUGCUGGGGCCAUACUCUACAUGUUCAAACCUAACAAUCCAUAAGCUAGAUGACGGGUCUUUGUCGGCCUUCUCCUCCGGGCGGUUUCCUUUAUAUGUGUGUUGUCGGUUUGUUGGGUUGGGUUUUGUGUUGUUGUUGUUGUUGUUUUCAGUUUCAAUCUCUGCCUCUCUUUUUGUAGUUCAGUUCAGUUAUUGAGCCAUUUGAACCUUUUGUUGACGACCGUCAGAUUUCUGAUUUUCGACAGAGCAUCCUGUGUGUUUAUGUUGUCCCUGGAUCUUCCAGCUCCACCCGGUUCUCUCUGUUGGAGUGGGAGCUUUCUUACACAGGGAGCUUUUUUUUCACAGAGAUUUCUGGGGAAAGGAAAGGCUGGGGCCAGGAUUUUGUUUUUUCUGAUUCAGAAACACAUGCCUCCACUAAACUGUGAUUCCCCUUUCUCAGUUCUCCCUACUUUUGAGCUGUAGAGUAAUACUUGGCUUUCAGCUCCUUUUAUGAUAACCGUAGUACCAGUUUAUCAUACGUAUAUUAUAACAUGAUGUCAAGUGCAGACUAUAAAAUAGCAAAAUAGAGAAGGCAGGGGGAAAUUUUUGCAUUUAUAUUUUUAUAUUGUAGGAAAUAAAUAUAUAUAUAUAUAUAUAUAUAUACACACAACUAUUCAUUCAAAACCAGGGCUGCUGUGGAAGCUAGACAGCCAAUGAGUCAAGAGCCAUCUCUGGGCAGAGAUUCAAAGGCUUAAAAAAAUUAUAUUCUAAUUUACAUUAUUUAUACUAUGUCUUUAUAAUCCUAGAUUGUUGUGGGGUUUUUGUUUUGUUUUGUUUUGUUUGGAAUAACUGAAAGAAAAACCUGCUGCAGUUUGGUGGCAGGGGCUACCAAUGCAAGAUUAUCUUGGAUUAUAAACAUGUGAUGAUGUCCUAUAAAGGUUCACGUAUUCUCUUGUGACCAAGGUAACAUGUUCCACAGCACAGCAGACUGAUGACAGCAGGAAGAAGGGAUGCUCUCCUUCUUCCUGUGAAAUAUUUCUUCCUUUCUUGAAGGCAUGCGGAGUCCAGCCAAAGUGUGAAUAGGGGACUUGCACCUUCUAUCACAGAGGAGAUUGUUCUGUGGGCUUGGGGUUCUUCGUCGUUUUAUUCUUUUAAAGUAAGCGAGCUCCACGUGUUCACACAAUAUCACUUCAGGUUAGAAAAGCAAAAAAAAAAAAAAGAAAAAAGAAAAAUAAAAAAAAAGAAACUAAAAAGGUGCAAAAACUCCACAGAUGCUAGUGCCUUGCCCCGCUGAUGUGGCAUGGACAGCACCAACCUGACCAGACCAUCAUGGGAGUGAGAAGCUGUUGUUCAGAAGGUCUCCGAGCUGACAAGUUCUCACUUCCCAGAGGGAUGAGCUUUGUGCCAAGCUGUGUUGUUUGGAAACAUGAUGGUGGUAUCAGCAACACUGAACCUGUCCUUUCUCCUGUUACCCCCCUGCCCUUGGUCUUGGUGCUAAGAUAUCUCUAGAACCAUUGCUGCUAGUUGAUAGCUUUUCAUUUAUAUAAAUAUAUAUAUAUAUAUAAUAUUAUUUUAUUUUUUAAACUUUUUCAUUUGUUUUCAAUGGAGAUGUAGCAUGUUUGGAACCGAUCUCUCUCGGAGUCACUUUCACUGCCAGGGUUCACACACUGUCUUCCCCAGGAAAACACGCACUUCUACCUAGAUCUCACCUCCCACUAACCCAUUUGCCCUCAGUAGACCUGCACAGUGGACACUGGUGUGCAGCAAAGCCACUGCCCACCAUAUCAGCUCUCAGACUCACGGACACGGCUCAGCUGACGUUUGUCAGAGCUUUGGAAAUGCUUCCCCUCUAUCCCUGUGGUGAGGAGGAGAGGUGGAGCCUGCUUAGAGCACUCACAGGGAAAACCCUUCCGUCCUCUGCCCUGUCUUGGCCUCAUUGCAGUUGAAGAGGGGCACAACAGCCCCUGCCAGGCCGGUGGGCUGCAAUCUGUAGCACUUACUCACUUUCCCCCAUGCCGUACCUCAGAUAACACGUGCUGCCCCUCUCUGGCUCGUUGGGACAGUGGGAGCAAAAGUGCCAGGGCCCCUGGUUUGCCUCCUGUAGCCUUCAGGCAUGUCGCAAGCUAGGCCAGGGCAUUAAGCCUAAGUAUCAGUAUGCAACGCCUACUGAGCAAAAAAUGGUUUCAUGUGCAUAAACUGUUUUAAUUACAUUUUUUCCUGCCUUUCCCAAUAAAUUAUGUUAUCAAAUUGACCCAUUUAUCCAAAGGAGCAAGAGUUAAGCUGGAAACCCUCUGGCACAGUAAGCAAGGCAGCUCUUUGUGUGGCCACAGCACAGGGAUCUCUGUGCACAAGAUGUCUGUGGCUCUGCUGAUGGUGCUGCCUAAUUGCUGCCAGAGCUGUUUCCUUCCAGGGAGCUGGCAGGUCCUCCCAUUAGUUACGAUUUGAGGCGAUGCAAAAAGCAAAAAGCAAGUCCCUGUAGAAUUGCUGCUCCAUGAGUCCCUGGCCCAGAGUGAGCGAGGUAAACUUAGAUGUUUAGAGACAGGCAGAUGGGGAAAAGUACUCCUGCUCAAGUGUGCACAGAUGCACGAGAAACUGGGGCAGCAGGAGUAAAAAUAACAAAAAGAGACCUUCUGUAAGCUGCACUGGGUGCUAGGGAGGCUGGCAAGGCAAUUUCCCUCCUCCCCUGUUUUUUUAAUUUACUUCUGUGCUCAAUUCUGUACCUCUUUGUGGGGGAGAAAAGGAAAUGAUCUGCCUUUCUGUUUGUGGCACUGAAAGCUCCUUGGCACAUGGCUUUUUUCAUGGAGGCCAUCAAAUGGCCUGGCCUAUGUGAGGGAAGGGACACUUAGCAACAGUGUCCAGGCACCUCAGUAAGCAGGGGCAGUAUCCCAGUGCUUGUGCUGAGCCGCCUGAACUGCCUGUGUGCAGCCUCCACUCUGAGCACCUCUGCUUUUUUGCCUCUGGGGAGAAAAUGGUGCCCUGCCUUGAUAGGCAAGGUAAAAGCCACCAGACGCUUGUUGAGAAAUGAUUCCUGUAUUUGUCACUCCUUCCUGUUGGUUGCUUUGCAAUUCCCAUUCUCAUCAGUGACAUCUUUCACCCAGGUACUUAUUCCCAGUAGCAGUGGGUGGCUUUUUCUCCAGGCAGACGGCUGAAAAAGGGAAAGCAUUUGUUUCUUUUGUAAUAACUCUGCAUGCAAUUGUGAGCAGCAGUGUCCAUGGGAAGAGCAUUUUCCCAUCACUGGACAUUGCAGAUAGCUGUGAAUAGGAAAGGUCAGAGAUCCCUUGCAUUGGUUAUGGGGGGAAAUGAGUGCUCAGUGCAGCAGCAAUAAUGCAAACAACUCCCCAUCAUCCCCCAUCAGAAAAUAGACGCAGCCUUUGUACUAGACAAGCACAGGUGCUUUGCAAGCUUUCCCUCCAGGUUUAUCCGCCUAUCUCAGAUCUGUAGCUAUUACUCACAUGGAUAGUCCUGUGGAUGGAAACGUGACUGCCAGCACGAGCAGUGCUGCGGGGAGGGGGAGAGGAAUAACAAUGCAAAGCGCCCUCGGCUUUUCGGUGCCCUGCCUGGCCAGCCUUGCCUGAGAGCAGGUGCCUUUUGGUGCUCUGUGUGCAGCCAGCUCCGGGCUGUGAGGCAGGGAGGGUACCCGGAGGGCAGAGAGAGGCCGACCCAAAUGGGAGGUCGUGGUACUUCAGCUUUAAUCAGUGCCUUCCUGCUGUUCUGAACAGAGGGGAAGCUGUUUUGUAUGUGUUGCUCACAGUUUCACGAGCAGUUGCAGCAGCAGAGAGAAGGUUUUGUUUUUCUCAGAUGAGCUCUUUAUCUUCCCCUCCCGCCCCCCCCCCCCCCCCCCCCCCCCCCCCCCCCCUUUCUAGCUAGGGCAUCUGACUGUGAAUAAUAAGCACUUCUCCAGACCCCAGAGCUUUUAUUUCUAGCCUGUGGGCUUUUGGGUUGCCCAUUUCCCCUACCCACUUCUUGCUCAGGCUCCUUGACUCUUACCGCCUGCUGCAAAGCAGAACCCAUGAAGCACAUGCAGACGUGUCCUUCUGCAGGGCUCGUCGAUGGCUGGAGCAGCCAGUGCCCUCCGGCCACAAGACCGAACUCAACAGGGAUAAUCCUUACGGAACAAGAGACCAAAGCUCUUCCCAUACCAGCAGCAGCACGCGGGAGCCGCAGGAUGAGCGGCAGAGGGCAGGGUGCCCACGUGUCUUCUGUGCUGGGGCUUGCACUGACCCUGGCUGUGUCCCCCGUGCUGGUUGAGCUUUUGCUGAUAGGAAUUCUCAGACAUGAUUCAGGCUCCAUCUAUGUCUUUCUCAUAGCACAAACUCAACCAGGUGGCCCGCAGGGUCUUCGGUGUCCCCUUUCCUUCUUAUCUUAUCCAUAUUGCUGUUUGUUUGACCAAUGGGUAAAACAACCGAAACAGGCUUGCAAAUAAGCAGCAACAUGCUCUGCUUUUGCAGAUUCCCCUCUCAGCCCUGUCAAAAGAGGUCUUAAAAGCAGAGAAAUGGUACGUUGCUCCCCCAGCCAUUGUAUUCAAUGCAGUAACGCCUAUGCAAUUCCUGUCUCCCUUGGAGACAUGUAUGAUGUGUGUGCAUGUAAGCUAGUGUAUGUAUACAGUACAUAUGCAUACCGUCUAUAUAUUGUAUAUACGCACAUCCCAGUACAUAUACACACCAUACAAAAGAUAAAAUCACAUGCUUAUAUAUCUAUAAAUAAAAUCCUAUAUAUUUAUAUAUUUCUAUGUUUUCAAUAGAUAUAAAGAUAUAAUAUAGAGAUGAUAGAAUCAACCACCCUUGUGUAAGGCUGGCCCUGUGUUCUGGCACAAGGCAUGUAACACUGAAGACGGACUUUGGGAUGGUUUUAGCCAUACACUGAGGCCUACAUUUACAGGUAUAGCACUCUGCAGAGAGAGGCUUUGCUGUGGUUAGGGCAGUGGGCUCCUUGUUGGCAUGUUAACCAAGUGCUUGAUAAGGUUUGUCUAAUGGGAGUGUCUCAGUGUGGGAAUACGCUCAAGUAUCCUUGUCUUCUCAGUAAGCCUUUGUAAGGUCCAGCGUGCUCACACCUGGACAGACACAUAUCCAACCCUCAUAUGCACUUUUCUGUCUCUGCACGGAUGUGGUUUGCAGCUGAGCAUACCCGUGUUGCAAAGAUGUGGCUCUGCUUUUCCCGUCUGCCAUUGCUAGCACAGCACGGAACGACCAUGUGUUUGUGCCACGUUUUGCAUGUGGCUAUCAGUCAAAAACGCAGCGAUGGAGCUGGACUAGGGCAAGGAAAGCCAAUGUGUUAUGCAAGAGGGACAGUCACAGGAUCAGAGCUGGCAGGGCACAGUGCUGAGCCCAAACAGCCAGUGCAAAGUGGCUGUGGCAAGUCAGCCAUGCUGCGUCCGUGCACCUCUCCUCAGAGGCCUGGCCACGUGGCAGACUGCUGCAGACAGGCCGCUGCUGGGCCUGCAGGCUCUGGCAGGGCCUGGCAGUCCCUCACUGCUCUCUCCGUUGUCAUUUUCACCUUCUGCUGGGAGGAGGGUGGGCGUUAUCCUGACCGUUGGUUACACUGGUAUCGCACUGUGCGAGCUCCCCCAAACUCCGCACCCCCAGGCUUCUCGCCACCACACAACUGGUAAUCCACCUCAGCCGUGUCCCGCCUCAGCCGUGGGCAGCUCCCAGCCCCGCUCCUCACCAACCUCAUGGAGGGUAUCCUCUCCCCAGCCCCCUCCUCCGGAUGCCACUGACACUCGUGCAGGCCUGGCAAGCGGGCACACUGCUGCCAGGCCAUGGACUCUGAUGCACUGCACCUCACGUCAAAUAUAAGCUCGCUGUGCCGGGUAGGGGAACGCAUCUCCUAUGCUGUAAUGUCCCAGAUGCUAUGGGAGGGCUGCAGAGCUUUCUGCCAGUGUGGGGUCCUCACCCGACUGUUGGCGAGAUGUGUUUCUCCUUCUCGCUUCCAGAAAGCAGAAAGUUUUGUCCCAGACCUCUCUGUACCCCCACCUAAGCACAGCCCUGCUGAACUGUUUCAAGCUGUCUCUCACUCACCCACCAUACACACACACACACACAAUGAGAGAAAAAUAUCUAGAAGUCUAUUACUACAUAUGUAUUAAUAUGUUAAUAUCACUCUUUUGGAGAAUAUUAAAAUGUUAUUACUUUACAGACUAUGCUUUAUAGUACCUGUGUGAAAGGACCUAGGACACUGGAUACGAAUAGAGCUAUGUUGAUAUAUCAUGGUAUGUACACGAGAAAUUUCCUUUUGUCAUAUUAUCCUUGUAAUGUAAAAUGAUUGUUAAUAAAAAAAAAAAAAAAAAAACCAUUUAAAUUUA